AUGUACCACCCAGUGCACCAGCACAAAGACAUACAGCAGCAUUACGAGACAGCCCUAACUAAGUACCGCCCAGUGCACCAGCACAAAGGCAUACAGCAACAUUAUGAGACAGCCCUAACAAAGUACCACCUAGUGCACCAGCACAAAGACAUACAGCAGCAUUACAAGACAACCCUACCUAAGUACCACCCAGUGCACCAGCACAAAGACAUACAGCAGCAUUAUGAGACAGCCCUAACAAUGUAUCACCCAGUGCACCAGCACAAAGACAUACAGCAGCAUUACAAGACAACCCUACCUAAGUACCACCCAGUGCACCAGCACAAAGAUAUACAGCAACAUUAUGAGACAGCCCUAACAAAGUACCACCUAGUGCACCAGCACAAAGACAUACAGCAACAUUAUGAGACAGCCUUACCACAGCACCACCCAGUGCACCAGCACAAAGACAUACAGCAGCAUUAUGAGACAGCCCUACCUCAGUACCACCCAGUGCACCAGCACAAAGACAUACAGCAACAUUAUGAGACAGCCCUAACAAAGUACCACCUAGUGCAUCAGCACAAAGAGAUACAGCAGCAUUAUGAGACAGCCCUACCACAGUACCACCCAGUGCACCAGCACAAAAACAUACAGCAGCAUUAUGAGACAGCCCUAACGAUGUACCACCCAGUGCACCAGCACAAAGACAUACAGCAGCAUUAUGAGACAGCCCUACCACAGUACCGCCCAGUGCACCAGCACAAAGACAUACAGCAGCAUUAUGAGACAGCCCUAACAAUGUGCCACCCAGUGCACCAGCACAAAGACAUACAGCAACAUUAUGAGACAGCCCUACCACAGUACCACCCAGUGCACCAGCACAAAAACAUACAGCAGCAUUAUGAGACAGCCCUAACGAUGUACCACCCAGUGCACCAGCACAAAGACAUACAGCAGCAUUAUGAGACAGCCCUAACAAUGUAUCACCCAGUGCACCAGCACAAAGACAUACAGCAGCAUUAUGAGACAGCCCUAACAAUGUAUCACCCAGUGCACCAGCACAAAGACAUACAGCAGCAUUAUGAGACAGCCCUAACACAGUACCACCCAGUGCACUAG